CAGACACAGACACAGGGACAGGGACAGGUCCAGGGCCGGUCCCGGUUCCGAGGGUUGGGCACUCUGUGCCCGGGGACGCGGGGCAGCUCCCGGGGCCCGGACGGGGCUGUCCGGGGCGGGGGCAGCCCCAGGGACCCCCGCUCAGCGCAGGGAAGGUGCCCCUGGGCCUGUGCCGGCUGUGGACACCCCGAGGAUCCCGCUGCCCGCCCCGCUCGGGCGGAGGGGAUGUGAGUUGGAGGGAUGCUCGGAGGGGUCUGUGACCUGCCCGGAGGCUCCUCUCCAAACCCCGCUGGGUUCAGUGUGUGCUGCCCACCGGGGUGCCCGGCAGCUGUGUCCCCUGGGCAGGAGGCGGGUCACAGCCCUGCAGUGACUCCAGCGUGAAGCAGUCCCUGGUGCCUGAGGAACAAGGAGAUGAAGCCCACUCCCUUGGGAACUCCCGCUGAGCAGGUCCUGGGGUGUGCCGGCAAGCACGGAGCCCUGCUCCGGGCACUGCCUGUGCUUUGUGCCUCUGACAGGGACAGCCAUCACUGGGGUGCUCCAGGUGCCACCGGGACACAGCUCUGGAGCAGGCGUGCGGCACCCGCGGCUCUGCACGGCCGCUCCCCUGGGCAGCAUCCAGGGGCCCCGCGGCACCACGAUCCCGUUUGUCCUGAUUCCUGGGGAGGGAGGUGCAGAGGCCUGAAUGGCUGAUGUCGGGAUCAGCCGGGUGGCUUUCCAGCCUGGUGUGUCUGUCAAGUGCUCUCCCUGGCCGAGGGCUGAGGAUGAAUCCCAGGUGCACGUGCCGCUUGCGAGGCAGGACGCGCGUCAUGACUGUCCCCGGCUUAAUGGCUGGCAUCCCGUUCCACCUGCCAGUGUGGAACCUGCCUGCCCACCGGGCUCUGCUCCGCAGCCACAGGCAAAGCCAGGGCUCCGGGGUGCCAGCCGGGUGCCGGGGUGCCCGCUCUCCCGCUGGCAUGGAGACCUGGUCCCGGCGCAGCGCUGCCUUCGACUGCGCGCCCCAGCCGGCAGCUUGCUGCCCCGACUGGAUGGCGGAGCUCCCCGACGCUCUGCCCCUGUCCCGCCUCUCCAUCCCCGGCACCCACGACUCCCUCAGCCUGUUCGGCGGCCGGCGCCUGCGGUGCCAGAGCUGGGGCCUGGAGGCUCAGCUGGCGGCCGGCAUUCGCUUUCUGGACGUGCGCUGCAAGCUGCGGCGGGGCGAGCUCGGCAUCUACCACCUGUGCACGUUCCAGCGGGCCAGCCUGCGGGGCGUGCUGCGCCGCACCCUGCGCUUCCUCCGCGCCCACCCCGGCGAGGCCGUGCUUAUGCGCAUCAAGGAGGAGCUGCCCGGCCUCCCCCGGGCCCGCUUCGCUGCCCAGCUGCGCCGCUGCCUGCUGGAGGAGGGACAGGGCUGCGUGUGGUGCCGGGAGGAGGUGCCCACGCUGGGCCAGGUGCGAGGGAAGAUUGUGGUGCUGGAGGCGCUGGCUCGGGACGUGCUGGGCAUCCCCUACGAGCGGCUGAACAUCAGCGACGCCUGGAACGUGCUCUCGCUGGAGCGCAAGUGGGCCCGGGUGCGGCGGCACCUGGAGAAGGCGGCCGGAGGAGACCCGGCCACCAUGUACCUCACCUUCUGCUCCGGCAAUGGGCUCUUCACGUGGCCCGAGGAGGUGGCCCGCUUCGUGAACCCCCGCUGCUGGCAGCACCUGCGGCCCCGCGGGCAGCCCGUGCGCUGGGGAGUGCUCAUCAUGGACUUCCCUGGCUCCGGCCUUCUCCGCCUCAUCGUGGACAGCAACGGCCCGAGGGGCAAUGGACGGGGCACAGCGGCCCCCGGCAGCCCCACGGUGCCGGCCCGGGGCCACAGGGACACGGGGGACACAGGGGACAGGCAGCACGGCCCUGCGCGCUGGCCCUCGGCAAGGACGCUGCCCCCGGCCCCGCGCCGCUGCCCCAGGAGCUCGGUGCCUGGAGGACACAAGCGGGUUUCUAGGUCGUGCAGAGCAGCGGGGAGCCUUCGUGUGACAGCGGGGUGA